AUGCUAUUUAAAGUGGAAUUCUGGCCUUGUCUGCUGCUCCUGGCCGGAUGCCUGACCUCAGUUCAAGGAGAAGAUUUCCCGCAGUGCGCUAAUGCUGCCUUGGAUACCUUCGUCAUGGCCAUCGACGACUGUGCCUCGUACAUUUACUGCAAUGGAGAGGACUCCUUCCGGGACAGCUGCCCGGAGUCCACCUACUUCGACGACCGGACCCAGGAGUGCGCCUUCGAUGAUGAUGGGGUGUGUCUGAGGAACUCUGUUCCUGGCCUGACGGAGGAGGAACCUGAUCAGCAGAUCACUGAUGAGCAGGCGGAGGAGACCGAUAGCAACACUCCAGCUCCCACACCACCUGCUGAAUAUGCCACCAUCUCCUCUGCCGAUUCUUCCACAACCACAUCGUCUUCGGAUGUUUCCACUCCCUCUGUAGACGUUUCUACACCCUCAGCAGACCCCUUCCCUUCCUCUCCAGCUCCUAAGCCAUCUUCACCAGCUCCUAAGCCUUCUUCUCCAACUCCACUGAGACCACACUGCGACUCCUCUGGAGAUGGUGACCAUCCUCAUCCCCAGCGAUGCGAGUACUUCUACAGGUGCCUCAGUGGCUACCUGGCGAUAGUGCGUUGUCCUUACAAAUAUGGCUGGGACCUUGCCACGAGGCAAUGCAAACCGAUGACCCAGGCUCAGUGUUUCAGUCUAAGCUCCUAG